AUGUUUGAUAACACGCAGUAUCCUUACAACUGUUUCAACUACGACGGUGAUGAUUACCCCGCCUGCAGCUCCGACGAGGAGAAGAAACUCAGCCGCCCAGCUUACAGCUACAUUGCCUUGAUUGCAAUGGCCAUCCAGCAAAGCCCUGCCAAUAAAGUGACGCUGUCUGGCAUUUAUGACUUUAUAAUGAAGAAAUUCCCUUACUACAGAUCAAACCAAAGAGCCUGGCAAAACUCCAUUAGGCAUAACCUAUCCCUUAACAGUUGUUUUGUAAAGGUUCCCAGGAUGGAAGGGAAUGAGAAGGGGAAGGGAAACUAUUGGACUUUUGCUUCAGGAUGUGAGUCCAUGCUGGAUCUUUUUGAAAACGGGAACUAUCGGAGGAGGCGUAGAAGGAGAAAUAUGAAAAAGGAACCUAAAGACCAGAAGCCAGGUGGGACUGUGGGGCCCUCCACCUUUGACCUGCCCACUAUGGAUUCAUGUUCAGAGGGCACCCACCUGAAUGAAAGCACAACUAAGAAACACGAAUUCAGAGCCCCUCACCUAGAUCCUUCUCCAUUCUUUCCAAAUGGCCUCUCCAAUCAACAGAACCUAAGCAAUGCCUCUCUUGGAAAAUCUGACUCAGAAAUUAAAUUUAGCAUUGAUUACAUCCUUUCAUCACCUGAUCCUUUGCCUGCCCUAAGAUCACCCUUCAGUACCCAACAUAAUAAAUAUCAUCUACUGGAGCCUCAACAAAUUAACCUCCAGUUUUGGACAAUGUGAGGUACUGAGGCAAUGGAGUAUAUUUUGAGACUUCUUUAUAACCCCCAGCUGUCAGUAUGAUUGUUGUGCCUCUUUCUUCUGAUAUCUGCUGGAAGGGCACAAUCAAGCCAACUUUUCAUACAAAAGCUGAGCUGUUCCAUCAAAACCAGGAGCUUGAUUUCAUUGAUUUGUGCUUAAUGAUUAAUCCAUUUGUUGGGGGCAAGGAGAGACUUUUGAUCUCAUGAAUGAUGCAAAUGUGAAACUGACUUUCUUCCUUAAAAGAUGCUCACCUGUGAAGGAACCUAUAUCAUGGAUCAAUUCAACUCAGUUCAAUUCAACAAAAAUGUGCCAGGCACUGUUAGGUACCAGAGUUACAAAGGCAUGACUGUGCUAGACAGGUUGACCUACUGACACUGUUUUCCUUUUAAAAAAAAACAAUUAGGACAAUAUUUGAUUCCUUUAUUCUAA